CCUCCCUUUCAUAGUUUCAUGGCUCAAGGCCAUAGGAAUUAGGAUCCAAAGGGCAUUCAUGGCGAGGCUGUUCGCCCGCCACGGUGUCAAAUCGACGAUCAUCACCACUCCCGUGAACGCCCGACCCUCUCUUCUCCAACAAGAUUCACCAAAAUGCUCAAUUGGGUCUUUAAAUCCAAACCCACAUCAUCGAAUUCCAUGUGCCGACGGAAGGUUGCGUCAAUGCCAUCAAGUACCCGGACCUCAUUGUCCCGUUCUUCAAGUUCAUGGUCGUCUUCCAGCAACCCGUCGAGGAUCUCCUCUGGUAGUGGCAGCCAGAUUGCAUCAUUGCCGAUGAUCUUCUCCUGGGCUACAAACAAAGUCGACAAACUCUGCUUCCGAGGCUCUUCUUCAACAGAUCAGGGUCGUUCUCUGUGUAUUAAUGCCCUCAAACUCCACGAGCCUUACAAAGGCGUGGAAUCCGAUUCUGAACCCUUCCCGCGACGACGGUCGAAUCAAAGCCGACAACGCUCUCUUCACCCAGUCUCCUUCCACGCUGCCGAUCCUCACCAGCGAAUUCGUCAUCGCUGAUCUCCUCAUGUUCAGCCUGUUCGGCAUGAACGAGCUCUCUCCCGCGUCGCCGUUCUGGUGGUUGUUCUUGUGGAGACUGCAGCGAUACGAUCCGGGAUGCGAGGUCGGAGAGCACAUACACGUCUUCCUCGCGGGGAGGCUGGAGAUGUGAUUGGUGGCUCGUCGCGACGGAUAUGUUGCGAUUGGGAGAUGCGGAUCUGGGUGGUGGAGCGUGGUGCGGAAGAAGGCCGACGGCGGAGAGUAAAAGCUCGAGCUCUUGGAAGACACGAACGCCGAUGAGGACGAGGAAGAUGAGAGAUGACCGGCGGAGUUGUACGACAGGAUCGACCGCGGGGAGACAGCGACCG